CUAUAAUAGCCACGGGUUGCUGGCUUCAUUCUGCUCUGAAACUGCUUAGGGGACACAUGAAAUCUCCAGUAAUGCGAUGCCAAAGCAGAUUCAUACACUCCAGAAGAGCGUUGUCUGAUUGGAAGGAACUUCUUCAACUCACUCGCCUCAUCAGCCAUAGUUUCACUUGAUGAUAAUUUCUCAGGAACUGUAUCAGCAGGUGUUUUCUCCGGCUUUCACAUCCUCUCCCAUCCGGUGAUAUCUUGAAAGUUCAGCAAAGUGGAAAUGAAUACCACGGCGUUCAACCAGACGGAGGGCGGACUGUUCAACAAGACAGAGGAGUUUUUCUGUUGCAACUUUUCAUCCGUGGUGACUGAUAAUGGCUUCGUGGCCGCCGCUCCGGAUGAGAGGAGCCUCUUCAUCAUGAGGGUCGUCCAGAUAGCCGUCAUGUGCGUUUUGUCCCUCACGGUGGUGUUUGGCAUAUUUUUCUUGGGUUGCAACCUUCUCAUAAAAUCAGAGGGGAUGAUAAACUUCUUGGUAACGGACAGGAGACCGUCAAAAGAAGUGGAGGCAGUUAUUGUUGGAGCUUAUUGAAAGAAAGAGACCUUUGCAUUUAAGUUGUGAAUCUGUGCGUCCAGCUGAUGCCUGAUGGAGACAGAUGAGAGAAGAGGCGAUGGUCAGCCACCCAAACGAACCCCUGUUUUCACAUUGGGUAUUAAGAAUAACUUCAGAAGAGCAGUCACCCUCUAAGGGAAAUGUGAAUCCUUAUGGUGACUGAGGUAUACAGGUAUUCCUCUUUAUUUCCUGCGGCUUACAUUUUAUGCCAACAAAGCCUCAGGCAGAGGUAUAGUGCGUUUUAAAACCUCUUUGUAAAGUAUUCAAUCCGUUCUCUAUUGUAAUUUGAGUAGUUUGAGCACCGUUGUUGUCGAGCAGCAUCCUACUUUGUCAUGACAGUGGCGAAUUGGUCGUUUUUGCUGCUGGAAAUACACUCUCAUAUUGCUAAUGCAAUGGAGAAAUGAAUGUGUGCAGUGUAUGUUGUAUGUGUUUUUGCAUACAAUAUGCAGUAUAUUAAUCAGUGUAUUUAUCUGAAUUUCCUGGUGAUAUUGUUAAAUUGAGACUGACUGUGUGGGCGGUGGAGGAAGCCCAGCAUAGCCGUGUAUCGUGUUAAUUGGAAUAAAUUCAUUCUGUAAUUAAAGUUUUGGUUUUAAUUAAGAA